GAGAUUUCACUCUCCCGACAGAGUGAAUUCGCGGGAAGAGUUUCAUGUUCUCUGACAGAGGAUAAGGGACAUCAUACGACGACUUUAAAUACCGGGGAUUAUAUUCUUAAGUGUACGGUUUAAGUGAUCAUGUUUUCUGAUAUAAGUGCCCAGAAGGAGGGCUCCACUGUGCUUUGCCCUCCUGCGUCUGAUGAGCAGCUGCCUUCAUAUCAGAGGGUGUCCAUCCCUUACAACCUCUGCUCCGAGCGGUACAGCGUUGGAGAGCGAAGCUUCAAUCGCCAGUAUGCUCACAUUUACGCAGCACGACUGAUGGAGAUGAGACCUUUGCUUACAGAGAGAGCCAAGCAAAAGUGGGGGUCUGAAGUUGCCGUCAGAAAGUUGUGUGAUCUUCAGACAGGAGAGCAGUGUUGCAUCGUGGGAACAUUGUUCAAACGUAUGGAGUUACAGCCAUCAAUUCUAAAAGAGAUCAGUGAAGAGCACAAUCUUCUGCCUCAGCCUCCACGUACCAAGUACAUAAAUGACACAGAUGAGUUGAUUUUGGAAGACGAGCUUCAGAGAAUCAAACUGGAAGGGAAAAUUGACAAAGACAAGUGUUUCACGGGCUGUGUUGUGGCUAUACAUGGAGCUGAGACAAUUGAUGGGAAAUUCAUAGUUGAGGACUUUUGUACUGCUGAGUUUCCGGUUCAGGCACCUCGGCCAACAAUUAGCACUGACAGAUUUGUGCUGCUAGUCUCAGGGCUUGGUCUAGGAGGAAGCCAGGCUGACAGUCUGCUGGGAUUGCAAUUGCUGGUGGAUAUGAUUACUGGACAGUUAGGUGACCAGGGAGAGCAAAGUGGGGCAUCAACUAUAUCCAGAGUUCUUCUGGCAGGAAACUUACUCAGUCAACACACCCAGGACAAAGAUGCAUCGACAAAGGCCAAGUACCUUACAAAGAAAACACAGGCUGGAAGUGUAGAUGCCAUGCGUCUUUUGGAUGAUCUCCUACUUCAACUUGUGUCAUCUGUACCAGUUGAUGUAAUGCCAGGCCAGUAUGACCCUACCAACUACACCCUCCCUCAGCAGCCUCUACAUCGCUGUAUGCUCCCUAUGUCUUCUGUAUAUCCCACGUUGCAGCUGGUUUCCAACCCAUAUCAAGCUGAAAUAGAUCAAGUGAGGUUUUUGGGAACAUCCGGUCAAAAUGUUAUUGAUAUACAGAAAUACAGCAGUUUAAACAGCCAUCUAGAAAUAUUGGAAGAAACUCUACAUCUAAGACAUCUCGCACCAACUGCACCUGAUACUUUAGGUUGUUAUCCGUUCUACCAAAAGGACCCGUUCAUUUUGCAAGAUUGUCCCCAUGUGUACUUCAGUGGUAAUGCACCAUCCUUUGAGUCAAAGAUCAUUAAAGGCCGAGAAGGUCAGGAAGUCUUGUUGGUAGCCAUCCCAGAAUUCAGCAGCACACAGACAGCAUGCAUGGUCAACUUGCGCACUCUUGAAUGUGAGCCAGUCAAUUUCUCUGCCUUCUCUGCUGACGACGAGGAGAGCGAGAUGAACGUUAGUCACUAAAAUGCUAAUAAAACCGGGUAUGUAAAGACACGUCAACUAUACCUAAAUUUCCUAAAUGGGAUGAUCAUUUAUAAACAAUUUUUACACUAAAUAAUGUAUCCAGUUUAAUCGCUAACAAUGAAGUAACAUGACAAAUGAUUUCUGACUGUUACCAUCUAAGAAAAACAUUGGCUUGUUUAUAGCAAAUAAA